AGUGUCAUCCUUUCACCAUCAUCUGUGUCUCUCCGAAUCGUCAGCCACCUCUCAAUGAUAAUAUGCGCCCCGAAAGAGACACGGGGCGCCGAUAACAACACAACCACCCUUUUCUUUUUUUUGUGCAUCAGCGUAUUGAAGACAACGCCUCUGGAAGAGAAGAAGAAACGAACGAAGGUGACUGUUCACUCGUAAAGUAUCAAUGGAGAACAAAUUGAAAUUGGUAGUCGUGGGGGAUACCUAUACUGGUAAAACAAGUCUUCUUGUCGCUUACACGAAAAAACAAUUUCUGGAUAACUACACAACUACUGUAUUUGAUAACUGGGCUGUUUCAGUUCAUAUUGACAAUAAGAACUAUGCUGUCAAUUUAUUUGAUACUGCUGGACAGGGAAACUAUGAACAAAUUCGAUGUCUGAGUUAUCCACAUGCAAAUGUCUUUCUUGUUUGUUUUUCAAUGAUUGACAGGAAAACGUUAGAAUCGUGCAGAAGUACGUGGAUACCUGAAAUUCGGAAAUAUGCUGGUGAUAAUGUUCCUAUAAUGUUAGUUGGGACAAAAAAUGACCUCGUGGAUGACGCUGAUUCUCGGAAUACAGUGACAGAAGAUUAUGCUAAAAGAGUCGCUCAUGAGAUCGGUUGUCACAAAUUCUAUUCAUGUUCUGCGCUGACGCACAAAGGCUUAAAACGUGUAUUUGAUGAAAGCUUCCUGGCUGCUGUAGGUGUAAAAUUAGAAGAAGAAACCCCAAAUCCUUGUUGUACAAUACUUUGAAAGAUCUUCAUCUCGUUCAGUAUUCUACUUACUAUGUGUACAUUGCUCACCCAUUUUCCUAGUCCAAAUCGAUUCCGUUAUUCUCUGAAUUCCCACCAAAUUGCACACUCAGCUUUAUCCAUUUUUUUUCCUGUUUUUCCCAUUGAAGUCUGUCAUGAUCAUAUCAAUUUCUGUUCAAUUAAUGACAGAAAACAAUAAAAUUUAAAAUCGUU